AUGCAUUCGCCUAUCCACCUCGCGCGAAUCAUUUCCUGGUUCGGUCCCAUCUGGCUCACCUGCAUGGUCGAGCAGCGAUGGUUGAUUGCCUGGGAAGAUGACAACGCGACAUGCGAAUUUGAAGUUGCUCCUUUCACGCUCGACGAUGAGGAUGCUGACGAGUUACUGUCCGUGAUGGUCCGUGACGAGACGGGAGUCCGUGAUGAGGUAAAUAUUGAUGAAGUAGCCGGAGACAAUGAAGGAGCCGAAGACACAUUUGUGGUCGACGAUAAUGAGCUUGAUGAAAGACUCGAUGAUGGAGACGACGACACUAUAGAACUUGUGAUGUGGGUCGACGGCGAUUCAUAA